ACACACACUCCCGUUGCUAGGAUACAACGAAUGCACGGAUCUCCUGCAGCUGCGGACACCAGCUAGUAAAGUUUAUACUGCAACCUGUCUAACAUGUUCUCUUAAUAUAUUAACGGUGGUUACAUGCCCUGCGUUCACAAGCGGAUUGAGUUUAAGGUUUUCAUCAAGCUACCCCCCAGCCAUGCCAUAUAUACACACAUCUCAAACAAGUCAGCCACCGUCAACAUUGUUGGAUAUCAAGUCACAGAAAUGUGGACUGCGGGGCACAGUUAUCUCAGUCAGUGGGAAUGAGUACACCGGAGAGUGGCAGGACAACGAGAAGCAUGGGAAGGGAACUCAGGUCUGGAAGAAGUCUGGUGCCAUCUAUAACGGAGAGUGGAAAUUUGGAAAACGUGAUGGGUACGGCACCUUCAGUGUGCUGCUCCCAGAAACGAAAGAGUAUGCAAGGAGGUACUGCGGUGGAUGGAAAAAUGGAAAGAAGCAUGGGUACGGGAUGUACUUCUACAACAACUCAACAGUUUAUGAGGGGGAGUGGAGCGAGGACCGUCGAAGUGGCUGGGGAAGGAUGUAUUCUGAGGGUGGAGAUAUCUAUGAGGGAGAGUGGAUGAAGGGUGAGAAUCACGGACAGGGCAUCAUCCGAUUUGCAAAUGGAAAUUGGUAUGAAGGCGCCUGGCAAGAUGGCAAGAGGAACGGUAAUGGAAAGUUCUACUACACUGACCCAGGCCAGCUUUAUGAAGGCUUCUGGGUGGAUGGAAUAGCAAAAUGUGGGACCCUGUCUGAGUUUGGGAGGGAUGAAGCACCGACACCGACGAAGUAUCCAAUUCCACAGCUACACUUGGUGGAUAUGCAGUCGGUUUUAAGGGACGCCCAGUCAGCCCACCUUGAGAAGAUCAACAGCAAGUUUCCACCCCACGACACACUCUCAGACUAAAAUAAAUGGCAUGAUGGCAUUCAGCA